AUGAAGAUCAAUAUCUUUCUAGCACCAUUCUUGCUACUUGUGGCUCCAGCCUUGUCCAAAUCUGUGGUCAGGCCGAGCAGCAGCCGAUUGCUCCGCGAGGAAAAUGAAGGUGGUGUCAUCAACAUCCCCUUGACCGACUCGACGAGGAGUGAUGGAAAGACGGACCUGCAGUGGUAUGCCAAGAUAUCAGUCGGGACCCCUCCUCAAAAUUUCAACGUGCUGCUUGAUACCGGCUCACCAGCAAUACUUCUUCCGGUAAACAACUGCACCACCUGCGGCCUGCAGAGUCUGUUCGACGCUUCAAAGUCAUCGACGUUCUCAUGGGCACCUGGAUCGUUUGAUGACUACCAGUUUGGGAGCAGCGGAGACACCAUUCCGGUUUCCGGACCCCAGCGCGCUCAUUGCGCCCUUGCCAGGGACACCGUCAGCAUACAGGGUUUGAAGGCAAGCACAUACGAGUUCCUACUUUGCGAUGAGGAAGAUCCUUCUUUCAGCGCCCAGCCAGGAAUUGAUGGGAUCUUGGGCUUGCCCAUCCAGGCUAAUCAAGAAAAAGGACUCGAGUGGGCGCUGUACGAGGCAGGACUGCUCGCCAGUCCCCUUUUUGGACUUUACACGCCACCUGGACAGAUCGCCAGCGGCCAGUUGACCUUUGGGGGUCUCGAUGAUACGAAAUAUGAAGGGCAAGUGGCUUUCGUUGGCCUGGAUGAACUGACGCUUACCAAAGGGUACUGGGUUAUGGACAUUCAGACAAUCUUCAUCGAUGGGGAGCAGCUCCAGAUCAGCAGCAACACCAGCGAUGCCAAAAUUGGAUACCCACGGGCACUGAGUAUUCUGGACACAGGCACUGCUUACCUACAGGCGCCUUCUUAUCCUAUUGCUCGAGACAUCUACGCUAGAAUCUCGCCCAAGAUCUAUCAAAUCGACUCUAUUGGCACUUGGGGAGCUCCGUGUUCAGACAUGGAGGCCAUCACCUCAGAAUUCACGUUCCUGUUCGGAUACGACGGAGCAACACAGGCCAACAUCACUCUCCCGGGCAAGUCGCUCAAUCUUGGCCCUUAUCCUGGAAAGGACAGUCUGUGUCAGGCUGCAAUCAACAAUUACAGGAUUCCGCAAAUAAACGACGACGGCAGGGGAGUGUGGCUUAUUGGAUCGCCGCUUUUGAAACAAUACUAUACUGCUUGGAAUGGUCAGGACUUGCAGGUGGGAUUCGCCCCUCUGAAGGUGACGCCUGUGAGGGAGCCGCACAAUUGCAGGAGAAGGAGAAUUGAUUGA